AUGAGAGCAAUUUGGAAGACCUUGAGGAGCGCAUCGUUAUAUGCCACAAGAACUUCAGGCAGAACAGAUUCACUGACAACAGAUCGAAUGCUUGUUGCUUCCCCAUUCAACACAUCGGAGGGAGAAAAGUCAAACCGCAAGAUUGCUGAUAAGCUCCUUCGUAAAAAUGGUUUGUACGACGGAGACAAACAACGACCCACCGAGCAUCUGAAGGAACAUGGCAAUGGAAGUGCCGAUGGGCACCUUUGGGUCUUGUUGGAACCGAAAGCCCACCCCCAGGACAUAAAUAAAGAGGAAACCGACCCGUUUUGCCUAGGACACAUCCGCCAUGGAUAUGGUAAUAAGACCAGCUCCAACUCACAUGAUUAUGAUGUGACCAUGAUGGGCUUUGUGACUCUCCUCAUCAUCGGCCACGUUUCCCUCUAUAUGAGGGUGCUUCUCUAUACCCGACAUAUUUAA